ACAAUUUUCACUGGUUUUUCAAACGAUUUUGCUGUUGAAUAAACGGCACGUGCAGAAGAUGCCAUAAAAAUGUAGCAGUGCAUUACAGCAGAGGAAGACGUAAUGGCGACACUAAUAACAUUAUGCUGGAGGUCAUUGUAGGUUUCCCCCAAAGAGCAGAUGAAACUGUUGUCUUCGCCUGAAACCCAGCAAAAUGAUGGAAGAAUUCGUGAGGCAAAGUGUCAUCGUGACUUGUUGGAUCCUGAUUGUUGUGAAUUGCGAUGUUGUGAGGAACGAGGAUAUCUGUGGUCAUCACAAUGGACGACGUCUGUACCUGGAACUUGGAGAGCAGGGUCUUCUAUAUGCCAAGAACACGUCGUACGUCAGGAAUUCGGGAAAACUCCAAGGGGAAAUGCGACAGUACAUGGCAAAUAAUUCACAUGAGCAGUGCAGCCUGGAACUCGUUACAUGCCCAUCAUGUGCCAUUGUUGUUACAUUCAAGAGCCUGAAUUUACCCAACUCUUGCAAUGAUAUGGGAGUUGUCAUGGAUAGUCCUUGCAGAUGUGAUUACGUGUGGAUAUCAGAACCGCCUUACGACGAUAUAUCAGGGACAUCUUUUUGCGGCCUUUACACACCCAUUGUGUACAGGUCAAGUACGAGAACUGUAUCCAUUACUUUUCUCCAUUCCCAGUCUCACAAAAACGCCUUCGUACUUGAAUACGUCGCAGAGAGGAAUCGAGUGCAUUUGAAGGGUUCAGACAGCAAAUUAUCCAAGAGUAAUAAUGAAACAAUAGGUGGUAUCCUCACAUCUCCUUUUUUCCCGUCAAGAUAUCCCAGGGACUUGGGCCUGGAGUACGUUAUCACGUGCCCAUCUCAAUCCCCUUCAUGCAGAGUUCGAGUGCUCUUUAGUGACUUUCAAUUGGCAACGGUCUCUAUAAUCGAGUUCUACGAUUGGAAUGGCCAGAGAUUGGAUGUCAGCAGUGGAGCCAGAUUUCGACCGCCAAUAAUCGUUAGCUCUGGCCCGUCAUUGCUGAUAAGAUUUUAUGCCAAUGGAGGCACUGGGCUUGGAUACAAAGCCUUUUAUUCGUACGUUAUUGGCCAUUUGUAUGAGAAUUCAGUUCAACCAAUCACCGAUUGCGGUGGAUAUGUCGAAAAUCUGGGGGGAACCAUCACCAUGAUGGAUAUGGUCAAUCAAGGGGUCAAAACCUACGAUUGCGUCUGGCUCAUUCGACCACCAAAGAACUUUCUUCAUAUGAAGACUCAUAUGUACAUUAAAGUCAUCACUUUUGCCAAUAUGGUCAUCAUUAGGCAAGGCCCCACCUCAGCUCUACUACCUCUGGAGAUAUUGAGGCAUCCUGGCCAGGUCCAAUUAGCCAGGACGAGAGAACAUAUUGCACCCAUCACUAGUGGAUUUCACGUUAGUCUUCGGGGUGCAUUCAGUUCUACGUCCAGGGUCGCCAUUGCUUACGCAGCUUUUGGAUACAUGGAUUGUUUUUCGAGUUCCGAUUUCUUGUGUCACAAUCAUCGAUGUAUCCCGAGUCAACUGAAUUGCGACGGAUUCGAUCACUGCGGGGACAACAGCGACGAGCCUGCCACAUGCUUCAGAACUUGGCGGGAGGAGCCACAGGACCGUAAAUGGCACAUGAACAAGGCGAAUUAUUAUUUCCCGAAGAUUGAUCGAUAUCCGGACUUGAAGACUGCGACUCUCGUCUUCGUGGCAAGUAGUUUGGGCCUCAUAAUUCUCAUAUCGGCUCUCAUAAUUCUCCUCUAUCGAAUGGGAGCACGAGCACGACAGCAGCGAGAACUUCAAUCCCGAUUGCAAACAAUCAGUGAACUUCUAGAUAGUGCGAGAAUCGACGAAAUAUCAGUGAGCGAUGAUCCACCUAUGUACGAGGCUCCUCCUGGGUACGACGAAGUUGUCAAAGUUGGCCUUGAGAAUGAAGUUGUAUCCAGGAGGAAAAAAGUCAAGAGGAAGAAUGAACGACGUGAACCCAGGAGUCGAAGCUCUCCAAAUCAGCGAAUCCAGAGCGGAAGUAGCGAAACCCCACAGACGGUAUCUAAUGUUCGAGUUCCUGAGAGUCCACCACCCCCAUACAUGACUCCCCCGGGUACCAUCCCAAGAAAUUCCACGAUAUCGAGGAACAAUAUUCUCCAUAUCUCAGUGCCCCUGAGCUUUCGCAAUCGCUCCCGUCGAGUUUGGCAUCGUCAGAGUUCUCUUCCAGGUACUGAUGUAUCCUCCGUAUCAUCGAUAAACGCUGAAACCGUUGGUGUGUAUAUAAAUAAAUACAAUUCAAAUAUGACCGUUGAAGCUUGUAAUUCGCAGCGGAAUUCGAUCGUUGCUGGGAGAAAUACGAAUUGCGUAUCCGUCGAAAGCUCAAUAGGGCAAGAAGAGGGAAGAGGAGGGGAUAAUAAUUUGAUGUGUUCCUGUGAAGGGGCUUGUGGGUGUUCCACCCAGGUGGAGAGACCAGGGGCAUUCGACGCGAGAGCAAAAAUCCUGAAGAUAUUAGGUACUGGUAAACCAAUUACGCAGAAUGUUAAUCUUACUUCAACAACUGUUGUUAAUGGACCGCUGAUAACCGUCGCGAGGAGUGAUAGGAUCAGAUCGCCAUCCACUUGCUCCAGGGACAGCUUCCUCACGCAAUUGUCUUUUAUCAGUCCAGCCAGGAGUCCGGAUCCUGGAUACAGCGAGGUUGAGAUCAUCUCUGAUGAUGUAAACUCUGAUUCGAGUACUCUGUCUAGUACCCCUGUUAACACACCCACCAUGUCCUUUCCUUGGAAAAAUCAUCAUCGGAAAUAUCGACACUACAGCUAUUGCGAUGUUGAGAGCUUGUAUGAGAGCAUCAAGAUUUUGGACUCUUUUUUGGCUAGGCGUAAUAUUUUGACGCCUCCUGGACAAACCAAUGCCCCUUUUUUUGUCACCCCUAGGCAUUCCGCGACACCUGAUUCCUCGGUUUAUAGGGGGAAUUUCUUCAGGCUAGUGCGUGCCUGGAGAUCCAGUGAUGAUGCAUUCACCAAGUGAUGAUUGAAGUUUAUUUUAUUUAAUUAGUAAUUCAAAUAUUGAAAACUCCAGACAAUUUUGAAAAACUUGAUUAUUUUUGAAAUUGCAUUUUGAUUUUUUUCAAUUUCGUUGAAAAAUAGAAAAAUAUCGGCAAUAAUGAACGACGUGAACCCAAGAGUCGAAGCUCCCCGAAUCAACGAAUGUAAGUCCACAUCAAUAAUUUCCCUUUCCCUUUUGAAAAAAAUUUUUCAAAAUUUUGAAAAACUUGAUUAUUUCCGAAA